AUGGCGCGCAGCCAGGGGGCAAACAUAAUUGGCCUGCAGUACGGCGGGACUGGGCCGUUGGUCAGUGUCCUGGUGUCCAAGGCGGGUGGGCGGUACCGGCUGCAGAGCGACUGCUUCCAGGCCAUGUGGCUGGUGAUGCAGGAGCUGACUCAGCGCCUGGCAGCGCACUACCGUGCCUUGGACGCCAAGCCAGGCGCGCCGGCGCCGCCCGACGGCGGCCGCCUGGUGGUGACGCUGCAGGAGCCGCUGCCGCUGCAGGACCUCUUCGACUUGAUCGAGGCCCACUUUGAGGCGCGGCGCACGGAGCGGGCGCUCGCGGCGACCCUUGAGGGCCGCGCGCAGCAGUUCAGGAGCGUGCAGAAGCGGCUGCUGGUGCGCUUCAAGGACAAGACACCUGCUCCCCUCGCUGAGCUGGACACGCUGAUGGCGGAAACUUACGACCAGCUGGUGUCCCUGGCGGAUGAGGAGGAGGCGGCACAGACGGCGACGCGGGGCGCAGCGCAGGCGCUGGGUGCGGGUGUGCAGCUGCUCUUGCAGCUGAUCAGCGCAAAGUUCGGUACGCCAGAUGAAGAUGUGGCAGUCUUGAAGGAGUCGCUCACACCCACAGUCGGUCACGACGACGCAGAGGUCGGCUGGGAGGAGGAGGUCGAGGCCGGGCUGACCCACUUGCUGCGCUCCGCCCUGGCGCGCAACAGCAAGGAGGCGGCCGCGGUGGUGCCGCCGCUGGCGGCCGCCAAAGACACGCAGCGGCUCAGGAAGCACUUGUCUCUUGUGUUGGAGCGGCUGGCCAAGGGGAUGCGGCUAUCAGCACCGGCGGCGCCAGCCAUCACCCCGGGUGCUUAG